AUGUCUAUCAUCCAGAAAUUCACCAUGUUCGCGCUUUUCUUUGUCGCACUUGUUCUCCCUGUCAGCGGCGCUGGUCAAGUUGUUCGUGAUGUUGCAUGGGCUACUGAGUCAACUUCUUGUACCACUGGACCUAUCGAGACACUCGUCCCCAUCGUCCUCUCAUCCUCUGCUCCAGCGUCCGAGACGACUGCUUACACUUCCUCUGCUCCUGUCGAAACUCUCGUCCCAACCGUUGUUCAAUCCUCUCCAUACCCUCCUUCGAUUUCCGACACCACUGCUUACACCUCGUCUGCUCCCACCGACACCCUCGUCCCAGUCGUCGUCACCUCGGUUCCAGUCACCAACACUCUUACCAGCACUCAAACAACCAGCUCCCUUGAAAUCCUCUCUCCAAUCCCCAGCACUUCUGCUUCCGGUCACCCUUCAGUUUCCCCUAGCGUCGUAACUGGCACAUACGCCAACUCCACCUCCAUCGUUCCAUCCACCACUCUCACCAGCACCACUGCUUCUAUCACCACCAAGACUUCGGCUACGAGCUCUGGACCAGCUAGCAGCACUAGCACCACUGUUGUUCACACCGGUGGAGCCAUGGAGGCCAACACCCUUUCAGGUGGCUUGCUCGCUGCUGCCUUUGCAGCCGCUUAUUUCAUCUAA